CCUAACUUGUCACAUUCCCCGGACUACCCCACUGCUGUCGAGGUGCCAGGGAGAGCGAGAGAGUUUUUCUGUCUUAAUUCACCCCACUCCCUCCCUCCCUGGUGGAGCCAAAGUGGACACGGCUCCAGUCAAGGAGAGAAGUAGAGUUUGGAAUCAUAAGGAAAUCUCUGGAGUCUGGGCCUACUGGACAGACAGCAACCUCAUCCCAACCCCACCCCAAAGUCUCAGCAUGGGGGCAUCCUAUGGCAAGAAAAAAGGAUACAAUUUUAAGCAGCCGAGUGUGAAAAAUGGAAAACACCUGAAUGGAGUGGCUUCAGCAUAUGCAGAUAUCCAAUGGGAACAGCCUCAUCAGCCGAGAAACCCGGACAGGGAUCCAUUUGAUUACCCUCAUCGUGAGAUCCCCCCGUUGGCCAGUUAUACUCCUCAGCCUGAUUACAUGACAGGGGAUGAUGAUCUCAUCAAGCCUAAAAAGAUGAUUAAUCCAGUGAAAUCCUCUAAAAGCCACCAGGAGCUUCAUCGGGAGCUGCUUAUGAACCAUAAACGAGGUAUUGGUGUGGAGAAUAAGCCAGAAUUGCAACGUGUGUUGGAAGAAAGGAAAAGAGAGCAGAUAAUUAAACAGAAAAAGCAGGAUGAGGAGGCCAGGAGGAAAAUAUCUCAAUUGGAACAUGAACUUCUCAAGAGACACCAGAAACUAGACGAGCUGGAGAAGGAGCAGGCAAGACUGGAGGAUAGCAACUGCAGUGCUCCAGAGUUCAUAAAAGUGAAGGAGAACCUGAGACGGACAUCACUUGCCAGUUCUGGAGAGAAGGAGGUGUAGGGGUGUAAACAAAGACUGGAUCCAUGUGUGUUUGUGCACAGCCAGUAACAUAGAGACCUGCUACAGCUCCUAAACACCACUCACAUGACUGCGCUUCUCUACUUCCUGUCUCACACCCACAACACCCUCACCUCUCGCUGUAGCAGGUUCAGAGAGGGCAGAGAUAAGGAUAAGACCCAACGAGUCUCUGCUACACUUUCACAUCAUGAGGAGGUUGACGCUUAAGAGGUUUCAAAAGACUGCAACGAGAAAAGGAGUGUUGUUGUUUUUCUUUUCUGCUCUGAGUUGGACUAAAUGGGUAAAAGAACUGCCCAGGUUGCUUAUGAGUUUGUGUGCAUGCAUGGAUGGACAGCUAUGUUCUGGUUCUGUCACAUUAGUUGAUAAUGUGAAAACAAGGUACAGGGAUAAGUUUCAGAUUGAAUAAACAAUAUAUUGCUCUCUAAAUGUCAAGCAGAACAUUUAUAAGGUGGCAAUUAGACAAAC